AUUAUCACUUGCUUAAAUAAGGACAACAGUAGAUUACUAGUAAUCUCCUGUCAACUUACUUAUUAUCAUUAAUCUUUACAUAAAUUAUUGGUGUUAUAUUCACUAUUCAGGAUCUGAUUUGUCACCAUACUUGCCGUCUUGGUCUGGUAGACUGCUGGAUAUGACUAUUCUGAACAACGGACGCUAAACACAAAUUCUGAACUUCUAAGUAUGAUGGUUUUUCUGCAAAUACUCAAGGAUCCUAAAACCAUGGUUUCGAGUAAUGGCGAUUUCAAGCUGGGUUUCUUUACCCUUCCAAACACUAAAAAUCGGUAUCUUGGUAUAUGGUACAAUAAAGUUUCAGCCAUGGAUUAUAUAUGGGUGGCAAAUAGGAACAACCCCUUGUAUGAUUCUUCAGGUGUACUAAGAAUUUCCGAAGAAGGGAAUCUUCAAGUCUUGAGUGGAGGGAAAGAUGUCCUUUGGUCAUCAAACAUCUCAUCAGAAUUUGCAUCUGGUACAUCUCGAGUUGUCCAUCUUUCAGAUUCAGGGGAUCUGGUUCUCCUUGAACUUAGUACUAACAGUAGUUGUAAAGAUGGUAUCACUGUAUGGCAGUCUUUCGAUCACCCUACAAACUCAAUAUUGCCAAACAUGAAGCUAAGCAUGAGCAGUUUCAACAUGAAACACGCUUUACAAUCUUGGAAGAGUCCUUCAAAUCCAUCAUACGGAAGGUUUUCAUUAGGCAUUGAUUCCCUCACUCAUCCUCAAAUAGUAAUUUGGGAAGGAGAUCAUCCAUACUGGCGAAGUGGUCCAUGGAAUGGCAAUAUUUUUCUGGGAUUGCUCUAUUCUGAUCCGUCUAAUAAUUAUGCUGAUACCUAUAUGCAGCAAACUAACAAAGAAGAAGUUGAUUUGGUAUAUACUGGUAUAAACAAGCUGUCAUUUUCACACUAUGCAUUUGAAGUUGAUGGGUCAAUAAAUGAGGUAUGGUGGGAUUCUGGUAUCAGGCAAUGGCAGACAGUAUAUAAAGCUCCUGAUGUUGAGUGUGAUUUUUAUGGCAAAUGUGGAGCAUUUGGAACAUGCAACCCUCUAAAGUCUCCAAUGUGUCGAUGUUUGAGGGGGUUUAAACCGAAGAAUGCAGAGCAAUGGAGCAAAGGAAACUGGUCUAGUGGAUGUGUUAGAAAGAUGCCUUUGCGUUGUGGAACUGAAACGACCCAAGAUGGCUUUCUUAUGCUAAGAAUGGUUAAAUUGCCAGAUCACGCAGAGUGGUUGACAGGACUAAAUCCAAAUGAAUGCAGAAGCCAAUGCUUGAAGAAUUGCUCUUGUCUGGCUUACACUUAUGAUUACGGUGCAGGGUGCUUGUACUGGAGUAAACACUUAAUUGAUAUUCAAGAGUUUAGUAUUGGCGGAGUAGAUCUUUACCUGCGUCUAGCAGAAUCAGAACUAGGUAGCAAGCAUAAACAUAAAGCUGUUAUUUAUGGAGCAAUAAUUUCUGGAGCAACCUUGAUUGUCUUACUUAUCUGCUUCCUCUGGAGAUGGCUGAUUAAACCGAAAGAAAACAGAAGGAAGAUACGUGAGAACAUUAAAUUUAAAUAUGAUCGGAGAUCAGCUGAGCUGAAAGAUCUACCACUGUUUGAUUUUGAAACCCUCAUAGUUGCUACUAGGAACUUCCAUGAAAGUCAAAAGCUCGGAUAUGGUGGUUUUGGACAGGUCUACAAGGGAAUAUUGAAAGAUGGCCAAGAGAUGGCUGUAAAAAGACUUUCCACAGUUUACGGACAAGGCCUGGAGGAGUUCAUGAAUGAAGUGGUUGUAAUUUCCAGACUUCAACAUGUGAAUCUUGUCAGACUGCUUGGAUUUUGUAUAGAAGGAGAAGAAAAAAUGUUAAUCUAUGAAUACAUGCCUAAUGGAAGUUUGGAUGCAUUUUUGUUCAAUCCUGCCAAGCGACAACUUCUGGACUGGAGUAAACGCUUCAAUAUUAUUGAAGGGAUAUGUCGAGGCCUUCUUUACCUUCACAGGGAUUCUAGGUUAAGAAUUAUUCAUAGGGAUCUUAAACCAAGCAACAUUUUGUUGGACAAAGAGCUCAAUCCAAAGAUCUCUGACUUUGGCAUGGCUCGGAUCUUUGGUCAUGGCCAAGAUCAAGAAGAAACCAGAAGGAUAGUUGGCACAUACGGUUAUAUGUCACCUGAGUAUGCGAUGGAAGGGCACUUCUCUGAAAAGUCAGAUGUCUACAGUUUCGGUGUCCUACUGCUAGAGAUUGUGACAGGGAAAAGGAGCAGUACCUUCUGGUUUGAAGAGCAAUCCUUAACGCUCAUAGGCUAUGUAUGGAAAUUAUGGAUUGAGGGUAAUGUCGCUCCAGCAGUCGACUCUGUAGUUUCUCAUCCAAAUUUCAGAAAGGAGACUGAAAAGUGCAUACAAGUGGGUCUGCUGUGCGUUCAAGAAUAUGUGAAUGAUAGGCCUAAUAUCUCUACUGUUAUCUCGAUGCUUACAAGUGACAUUGAAGACCUUCCAUCCCCUAAACAACCUGGGUUCAUUAAACGUUUGGCAGCUACUGGUACUGAAUCUUACCAAUCGCAACAGAGUUCCUCCGUAAAUGAUAUGUCUAUUACAGGUCUGAUUGCUCGAUAAAAAUAGAUAGCUAGUUGUGGUAAUACACCAAACUCUCUUGAACAUUCAUUGUAAUGAUACUUCUGAUAGCAUUCCGAGCUCUUUUGAUGCUACUUUGAUAUUCCGAGCUCAUUUGGUGCUUGAAGAUCCCUUGAGAAUACCAAAGGAGCUGGGAAUGCAAGACACAAGAUGUAAAAGGAAUGGGGCUGCAAAUCCUAGAAAAGACUCCAAAGAGCUUAUUGUCAACAAAUCUUAAGAAGAUAAAAAUCAUAACUUCUCCUCCUUGGUGCUAUGAAUAUGUACACGAAUCUACAUUGGAUUUUGAGAGUAUGAUUUGACAAGAAAUUGUAAAUUUGCAAGACUGCAUUGGAUACUAGAUAUUGUAAAUUUGUAAGAUUGCAUUGGAUAUA